CUGGAAGUGCUCCUGCUCGAACACGGUCACCUGUGACGAGACAGCGAGUGAGAGACCAAAACCCCUCUGAUGAUGUUGUGUUUCUAUUCUCUGGCAGGCGGACAGCUGUGCGGUCAGCAGGUCUCUUUGUGGCGGCGUGAUCCAGCUCCUCCCUGCGCCAGACUAUAAAAGCAGGGCACGAGCCCCAGCACACACACACUCUCAGAGUGGACACCGUCACCGAGCACACAGGCAUCAUGUCUUCCGAUAAGUCUAAAACUGCCUCCCAGACCGACGGGAAGGCAGCCCAGAGCAAGACCUCCGAGAUGGGCAUGAUGAACUACAAGAUGUACGUGUUUGACCAGGAGAACUUCCAGGGUCGCAUGAUCGAGAUCACCGCCGAGUGCAUGAACGUGUGUGACAUGGGCAUGGACAGAGUGCGCUCACUACGCGUGGAGUGUGGUCCUUACGUGGGCUUCGAGCAGAUGAACUUCUGUGGCGAGAUGUACAUUCUGGAGAAGGGAGAGUACCCCCGCUGGGACUCCUGGAGCAACUGCCAGAAGAACGACUACCUGCUGUCCUUCAGACCCAUCAGAAUGGACCCUGAGAAACACAAGAUCUGUCUGUAUGAGGUCGGAGAGUUCAAGGGCCGCAAGAUGGAGAUCAUGGACGAUGACGUCCCCAGUCUCUCCUCCUACGGCUUCACCGACAGAGUCGGCAGCAUCAUCGUCAGCUGUGGAACCUUUGUGGGCUACCAGUUCCCUGGAUACCGUGGCAGCCAGUUCCUGCUGGAGAAGGGCGACUUCAGACACUUUAACGAGUUUGGCGCCCGCUGCCCUCAGUUCCAGUCCGUGCGUCGUAUCCGCGACAUGCAGUGGCACCCACACGGCUGCUACACCAUGGCUAGCAAGUGAAUGCCCAGCCAGGAGCGAAAGAGGAGGAUCGGAAGGGAGGGAGAGGGACGGAGGAGGAAGGAGAGAAGAAGAGACGUCUGAGGCCGUGACUCCGGCCCUCUCUGAGACAGAGCGGAGCGGAGCGGAACAUUCCACCUGGGGAUUCCAUGGGGGGGGGGG